UAUUGGGUGCUUUAAUAUGAAGUUUUUGGUAAAAGACAAUUUCAAUUUUGUCCUUGUUUUUCUCUCCAAAUUUCAAAAUAUUAGAUCAAAAUAAUCUAUCGACAUCUCUAAGAAUAAACUAAACGGAGGGAGAAGAAUGGAAGGCAGCAAAAAAGGCGAAGCGGUGUUCGAUUCAAUGAACUUGAAUCCUCAGCUUUUCCUCAACGAAACACUCAACACCGUCGAGGACAUUGUCGGCGAGGCUUUUGACUUCUAUACACUCGAAGCAUCCAAUCUCCUCAAAAUCGAUGGACGAGCUGAUAAUAAUAGGUCACGGGAGUUAGCGAAAGGUAUUGAUCGUGUUCGUGGUAUGAUUCAAUCGGUUCUGGAAGACCGCUUGAGGAUGUGGGAAGCCUACUGUCUUCGAUACACUUUUGCAGUUCCUGAAGAUUUUGUGCUGCCUGAGAGUGAUGCCCAAAAUAUCCAACCUUUGCCAAAUGACCAAGACUUGGAUGCGGAAUUGGAUUCCCUAAGGCGUAAGCUUCUUUUGGUACGAAACAGGUCUGUUGAGCUUAACUCGGAGCUCCAGGCUUUGGAAAGAAGAUCUGUUUCAAAUGAACUGUCUGCAAGACUCGUUAAUGAAGUUUCAAAGCUUUAUGAUGAAUCAUCCGUGAACGAUAUGUCCAAAGAGAUGACAAAAGUUGCAUCAGAACUUCGCGCAGCGAUCAAUAGGCUCAAAACACCAAGAACGAAUGCUGCUGAAACAGCUACAGGGGAGAGGCUAAAGAACAAUGGAAUUGAUUUUCCGGCAACGGCUCUCGGUGGAAAGAUUGAAGAGCUUGACAAAUUUCUGGCCGAGUUAAGAAAGAUGUGAAAAUGUUACAACAUUCGCCUUUGAACUCUGCCGUUUUGUAAACUACUAGCUUGGCUUGAAACACUACGUUGUUUUUGACUUACCAAAUGGCCACUUCUCCGCAUUUCAAAUGUUUGUUUUUGUAACAUACAAAAUGAUCCUACGCAUUCCUAAAUAGAAAGCUUGCAAGCA